UUAAUUUCUUUUGAAAUUUAUUAAGAUUCUUGAUUAGCGUGAAUAUAGUUUGGUAUGAGCAUGGUUUUGAAAUUUGGUGUAUUUAAAUGGAAUAAAAUAAUUAUUCUGUAUAUAUUAAAUUAGGUAUUUAAAAAGUUUGGAUAUUAAAAAAGUUCAUAAAAGUUAAUUUGGAUAUUUAUAUGGAAUUUUCUUGCUUAUAUCAUAAGUUACUUGUUUAGUAUAUAAUAUAUUUUAUAAUUUAUAUAUAAUAAAUAUACAGCAGAUAAUUAAUAGUGACUAUUUAUAAAUUGAUUUUAAUCUAUCCACAAUUACCAUAUACAUUUUAAUUUUACAACAAUGAUAAAAUCUGUAUUGCCUUUGAACCAAUCACCCCUCUAUUAAUUAUGACCAAUGGCGGAUCUAGGUGGAACAAGAAGGGUGCAGCCGCCCCCAAUAAAAAUUACAACUAAAAUUAUAUACACCAGAAUUUAUAUAUAUUUUACAAUUUAGUUGGUUAAAUUCUUUUAUUUGCACCCACUAAACUAAGGUUCAAACAACCCUAUAUCUUUUUUCACUGUUUUUGCCUCCAUUCAUUAUAUUUUCUAGAUUCACUGCUUAUGACGUGGUGGAUAAGAGAUGGAUUAAAAAAAAAAUUUAGUAACCUUAUCUAAAUUUAAUUUAUUAAAAUUUAAUAAUAUUAUUAAAUACAAGUUACUGCUAAAAUCUACAAGCUUUUGGACAUAUUAAGCCUUCUCAGAACUAUAUAAAUACUAUUAUAAACGCAACUGGAAAUGAACAAGUGAAGAAAAACAUUGUAGAAAUAAGGUGAAACCUAAAGAAAAAAAUGGGGAGAGUGAAAAUACAGAUGAGAAAAAUAGUGGAUAGACAACAAAGAAAUAUUGCAUUUGCGAAAAGAAAAAGCGGGCUUCUGAAAAAAGCUUAUGAACUCUUUAUUCUCUGUGAUGUUCAAAUGGUUCUCAUUUUUUUCUCACCUUCUGGUAAACUUUUCAUGUUUGAUACGAAAACAAGGAUGGAAGAGACUAUAAAGAAGUAUGUGGAUGUGCCCAUACGUCCAAGACUCCAAGUCCAAGAGGAAGCGUUUAUACGACGGUGGAUAGAUAUCAUGCGUAUAGAAUCACAAUAUCCUGAAUCGAUCGUGAGGCCCAGAGAAAAUUUUGGCGAUGGGAUUCUUUCUCAAGCUCGAUCAAAGGAGAUCGAAGACGAAAUCUUCAAAUGCAAAGCCGAAAUGGCGAAAGUGGAACAACAGUUAGGGUACUUUUUAAAACAUCCAAAUCAGUGGGCAACAAGAGAUGACAUUGAGUAUCAAGAGAAAAUACUCGAGGAGACGUUGGAUAAAGUUCGAUCUCGGAAGAAAUGCUUGGAAGCUCAAAAUGAAGCCUUUGAUGCUUCUAAUUGCCUGCUUCAAACUGAUGUGGAGAUUUCGCCAAGUGGAUAAAUUUUAUUUUAUUCAUACCAUAAUGUCGAAUAAUGUUGAGAUCGUCUGUAAUAUAUCAAUAAAUCUAUAACUUAUGUAUUGUACAUUUGUUCAGUUGCAAAAGUACAUUCUACCCUAACUAUAUUAUU